AUGGCAGGCGCUGCCCAGGAAACGGGUGGUCUGGUCCACGACCUCCUCUCAGAGAUCAUCCCCUACCCCAUCUUUCGCAUCCUCGCUGGCUUCUCCAAUCUCAUCUAUCAUCUUCUUGGAACUGCCAACAACCCUGCAUCAUGGACAUCAACCUUGCUUCCGCCGCUGAUCACCUUUUUCGUCGCCUACUUUGCGCUCUUGACGGCGUACAGGACGGUGCGCUCGAUGCUUUCGCUAGCGUGGUUCGGUAUCAAAUGGGGCGCCAUCAUCGGCGCGCUCAUUGCAGUGUGGGCGUGGUGGACCGACAACACCGAUGCGAUCAAUAGCACGGGCACAGUGCCUGGUAGAGAAGGCUUCUUUGGCCAACUCAACGCGCUCGGUCCACUGAUGAAUACGCUUUACACGCAACUCCCAGACCUCGUCGCGUCCGGUGACUCCUCUGCCUCUGCUCGAAACAAACGCCGACGUCCACACACUUCGCCGCAGACACGACGUCGAGCACGAGCACGAGCACGAGCCAAUCAGCGCGCGUUCUCGGUGGACCCCAACGCCCACCUGGCCGACGACCUCGGGGCAGGGUACAGUGCGUUUGCCGACAUGUUUGGGCGUUCUAACACUGACUCGUCGAGCGGCGUCGACUUUGGCACACUUCUUCGUACGAUUGUCACAGAGGGGCAACGGCAGGGCAUCGAUGCAUUGUCCGCGCUCAGAGCAGCAGGCAGAGUGCAAGACGAGCUGCGAAGGUUUCAACAAGAUCCGACAGCUUGGUUCGAAGGUGUCGGCGAGCGAUUCAGGACUUCGGCAACGCCUGGGUUGGAGGAAGGUGCUGCGUACAAUACUCGCUCCAGGACAAGACGUCAUCCGCAACAGCAUCGUGCAGAAGGUUUCAGCACGAAUCAGCAAGACUCUUGGUGGACCAACGUCGCUUCUGGCGUAAAUGACUUUUUCAAACGUGAGCCAGAGGAAGACCAUGCUGGCAGCUCGACAAGACGCAGUCGUCCAUCGUACGAUGUAUGA